ACUAAUAAUAGGAUAGUAUAGAGAACGCUAGCGCGCCGCCUGCGCCGCCGCCUGGGCCGCCAACUGAGCGUUCUUCGAGGCGGCCGCCGCGGCCCGCCGCUUGCCGCGCCCGACGACCAUGAACGCGAUCGUCGAGUAGAACGCGACGAAGGUCCGCAGCGCGCAGCCGAGCGUCGCGCCGAUGCAGAUCGUGUUCGGGACCGGCAUCGCGGUCGUCGCCGCCGCGCCGGCGAAGGCCGCCGCCGUCAUCAGGCUGCCCUUGAAGGUCUUCCCGGCGGCCCGCCGGGCGAGGCUGCCGGGCGUCCGCGCGGGC